UGACAAAAACAUGUGGAAUGUGGAUUGCUGUGUUUUAUUUUUAUGCCGAAAAUAAUUUUAAAAAUUUAAAUUGAACUUAAUUGACUAUUAAAUUCAUUUUGACUAAGUGUACAACGCUAAAUCAAUCUGAUUGAUUCACUUGUGAAACUGUGGGGAAUAAAAUGGAGUUUUUCGAAAGAGCACACGGUAUUAGAAACACGUCUUCAAAAGACCGAAAAUCAAACGAGUCUAAAAAGAUGCAAUUAAAACAAAUGUUGUUUGGUUAUAAAGCGAAAGAUAAUAAGCUUAUCCAAAGGUCUACGGAGUUGCAAAAUGAUUACGAAGACUCAAUAUCUGUCAGCGGCUAUUCGGACUUAAAUAUUACUAAUUCUAGCUAUGAAAACGAAAAUGAUGCACUUAUUAUAAAUGAAAAAAGCACUAAAUGUGAUAAUGUUAUGGUAUCUAGUGAUACAGAUGAUAAAGCGAGUGAAAACUCAUAUAAAAUUAAUGAACUUUCAGAUAAUAAAAGUUUUCAGCCUGUAGUACGUUCAGACAUUGAAAGUAACGAUAAAGUUAGUGAAGAAUUGUAUGAUGAUGAAAGUGUUCAGUCUGUUAUAAGUACUGAUCAUGAAAGUAAUGAAAGAGAUGAUAUUGUGUCUGAUGAAAGUAAUGAUUAUGAGCAAGAAGAUAGCAGCCAUUUGGAUUCUGAAUUAAGCAAUGAUUUUGAUAUGAAUGAAUAUGUAGAUAAUUCUGAUUUGGAAAUCACUGAUUCAGAAACAUCAAUAGUAAUAAGUGGCCUCAAAUUAUCUGACUCUGAUAAUUCUGAGUUUGAUGCAGACAGACAACUAGCUCACAAAAUUCAAGAAAAGUUACAGAUAAAAAGUAAAACACAACAGAAUAAAAAUAAAUAUAGUAUAGAAUUAGAAGAUAAUGAUAUCCCAAAAGGUCCUGUAACUAAAGAAAGGUGUUUUAAUUUACAAACACAAGAGUUACUUUCAGGAAAUGAUAAGGACUUAACAACCCAAUUAAAAAACAAUAAGCGAAAGCGCAAAGAUACUACUGCACUAAAAGAAAAUGAUGUAGCAAAGGGUCCAAUAUCUAAAGAAAAAUGUAUUAAAAUACAAGAAGAGCAGAAACUUCCUGUGAGUAGAGAAGAAUUGAUGCAAAAAAGAAUGAAUAAGCGAAAACAUAAAGAAAAAUACACAAUCGAAUUGGAUGAAAAACAAAGACAUAAACAUAAAUAUAAUAUAAUACUUGAAGAUGCAAAUUGUGCAGGUCCUGUGAACAUUGAAAGUAUCAGUGAAGAUGAAAAUGCACAAUUUCCAAUAAGCAAAAUAGAUUUAUCAACACAUCACAGUGAACUGAGCAGUGAUGAACUUAUUGAAGAAGAAUUUGAUGAAGACAAACUAAAUUAUGAAGAAACAAAUGAUGGCAAUCAAAGUGAUGAUAUAGACAUGGUUAUGUCACCAGCUUAUGUUUCUAUCACAGCAUCAGAUAUGCCAAUUCAAAGACUAGACGAUAUUAUAGGAGAAUAUAAGUAUUCAACAAUAAGAAAUUUACCAUCAGAAAUUAGCAAUAUAAUUUCAACAGACAAUUCUGGGUUUUUUAUUGACGAAAAUACUAACGCUGUUGUAGAGAUGGUGGAUGAUGAUGUUAGUAGUCUAAUACCAGAGUUAGAUGACACUCCAAAAUUGAAAGAAGUUGAUGAAGGAACAGCAAAAGAAACCACAAAUAAAACAUUUAUGACAAGCGCCUCUGCAGAAUCCGAAAUUAGUGAUAAAGAGGAAUCAAUUAGUAAUGUCAAUGUAUCUGAUACUUUCAAAGUAUACUAUGGCACAGAGGGUUGUAUCAUUACAUUAAGGCAUCCAGCUGAGCUUUAUGUUCAAGGGAAAGUUAAGAUUACAUCUCUAGCCGGUACCAAUGAAAUAUUUGGAUAUAAAUUGGACAAAAAGUGUUAUGAAAUCUUUGCUCCAUACUAUAAUUUUGCUCAAUGUAUAAAGACAAUUGAAAGUGACAACAAUUAUUUUGGCUUGUUUAGUAAACUGACAGCCUUAGGUCUUACUGUGGCGGAAGCAGAAGACAUUGUUACAAAUGUUGGUGAAUACAAUGGAGUUUUACUUCUACAGAAACUGUCAUGUAAUCCAAUAGAUUUUGUAGCUAAAAAUUUUCAAAUCACCUCAAUGUUUAAAUGCAAUAAACCUGUAGAACCAUAUUUCAGUAAGGCUUGUAAGCUUCUUGACUGUUCACUCUUUUCAACAAGACCAUUUAAAAGUUUUGGUGAACAUCCAAGUUGGUGUGAAGCUCAUGAGUUAGCUAUGAAUAAAUACAGUCGAGGCUUAGUAUGCGGUAGUAAACGGACAGGCAAAUCUACCUAUGUGAGAUACCAAGUCAACAAACUGCUUGCUCAUGGCCCCGUUCUGGUGGUAGACCUGGACCCUGGACAGAGCUUGUUCACUGUUGCGGGGAGUGUCUCGGCUACAGUGGUUACUGCGCCAUUGUUUGGACCCAGUUUCACUCAUUUGAAGAAGCCUGAAUUAAUGCUAAACAUAGGUAUGAUCAACACAUUGGACAAUACGAAACUGUACGCCUCAGCUGUACAAAGUCUAAUAACAUUCUGCCAUAACAACAGGGCCUUCAAACAAAUGCCCUGGAUUGUGAACACUAUGGGAAUGACCAAUUCCGUGGGCCUCAAAUUCAUUACACUUAUAAUAACUCUAUUGCAACCAACUUAUAUACUUCAAUAUGAGUCUAUGGAGGAAAACCUAAACUUUGAAACUUUGCUUACCCCGACCAAUGUAAAAGAGUUGUAUGAAGAGUAUAGAAAUCAAAAGCUUUUUAGAAAUGUGACUUACCCAGAAGAUCUGGAUUACUUUUUUGUGAUCGCUGCAGGCACAGAUAGCCCUCAUAUGAAAAAGAAAACUUUCUCAUUGAGCCCCAAGGACGAGAGGUAUCUUAACUUUUUGGCAUACUUCAGCCAGUUGGUCGUCCGUGGGGAGAGCUUACUACGUAUAACACCAUAUGUGGUCAGUCUCCGAGAUUUGUGCAUCGCAACGAACGUGGUAGUGAGGAGGGAACACGUAAUGCAGGUGCUGAACGGAAAAUUGGUGGCGUUGUGUCAACAGUCGCCCGAUAAAGUCGCUUUGUUUAAGUUGACCGAUAAACCGCUGCGGUGCGUCGGCCACGGGUUGAUUCGAGGCAUUGACUGGGACAAGGGACUGCUGUAUGUGAUCACACCAGUCCAGAGCGCUGAGCUCGGAGGCGUGGACACGGUGCUGUAUGCGGACUGGGCGCCCGAGCUGGUGUGGCACGAGAGCCAGCUGCCGCUCGGCACGCCGCUCCCGUACCGCACCAGCACGGCAGACAAGCAGCUCAUGUCCACUCCUCGCAGAAGGUUCACCAACCCUCUGCAGGUGCUGAAGAUGGCAGGAGGAGUUCCUAAUUGAAAGCUUGGUUGAUUAGUUAAUAAAUUUGUAAUUGGAAUAGAUCCAAAAUAUCUUAAAUUAUAAAAGGAAAUCUAAUUUAUGUUAAUUUCAUGUAUAUUUCAAGUAAUUUUGUACUUACGAUACUAAUAAAACAUAACAUAGAAGAA